CAGGCCAUCACAUCACAUCACUGCGAGAAAGCCAAGGUUGCGGCUUCGUUACAUACAGUACAUAGUACAUACUAGCAGUACAGAAGUUAGCGCUCUCCCACUGCCUCGCUAGCGCACACUUGAUGAUAAUCCCCGCCAUUGUCGGUCAUUAAUCUAGUCUCAUGUAAGGAAGGCUGAUGAAGCUGAGACAAUACAUCCCAAUGAGCGGCACCCGCAACUCCUGUCCCAACCCUACAUAACUCGUAUCCGUGCAAGAGAUGAUUUCCUUGCUCUGACUGACCACCUAACCCUUCUGCGAUUAGACAAUCAGAAAGCGUUGCAACGAUGGCGGCAGACGCUGCGGCUCCAAAAGCAAAUAGUACAAGCCCCCAGGGCGAGCCAGAUGAAUGGAGCGAAGAACAAAUACAAGACGCUCUUGAGCAGCUGAAGAUGCUGCAUAUCAAGUGCCGAGAGCUCCGCACGACGGUCCCGCGCAUGCUCGAGCCUCUGACUUCAAGACAAACUACCCAACAAGACGCCCUCGUUUCCUUUCGAAAGUCGGUUGAAAAUGCUGCAAAUGAAAUGCAAGACUUCAAGACUCUUUACAACAGCGACGAGACCAGCAAGGUCUUUGGACAGGCAAAGAAGAGUCGACAAGCACAGCCAAAAGACAUCAAGGCCUGGCGAGCUCGAGACCACCCUGACUGGCUUGAUAUGAAGGAGAAGAAACCGACCACGUAAUCACCAACACUCUACAUAAUUGUGCAUUUCAGGGCGUUUGAGGGGCGGUUGCCAAGAGAAGAACGAAGACCGUUUUUGUUCUGCAUAUGGACGACCAUAUAGAUUAUGGCCUACGACGAUUGGGCUGAGCUGUAUUAACAUGUGGGUUUGGAGUUUUACUGCUCUAGAAGGAGAGCUUCAAUAGGCACAAUUGAUACCCUGGGGAUUAUCUGAUGCUGGUUUACCAGCGCACUCUUCGUAUGUUCCCAGGCAAGCAAACAAGGUGCUCUUUUGUCGAAUGAAAGUUGAUUCUAUCCGUGCAACUUGGUUCCUGUGGCGACGAUUACAUGUUAAAUUAUUUCCGUGUCUCUCGAGUCUCCUAUGUAACACGGCGGAGGAGAAUUCAUGGUUGGCAGUGGGGCACAAGUUUGACAGCUGGCACCAACGAUCCAUGCAGUCAUGAAGCUCUCAC